AUGGUUUUACAAUCGUGCAAUUUCCGCUGGGGCUCGCCACGUCGCAGAGUAUUGAUGGUCCAUAGUACGGGGUAUCAGUACGAGGCGCAGUGCUGGGCCGUUCCGCGCGCCCGGCUCGACCCCGCUACCCCUUCAGCCGUGUGCUCCCUACGCCCGACUAGCGCCGCAAGGUCACACGCAUUAUUUUUCGUGCUAGACUUUAACACUAUUGAAGGUCUUAACACUCAUAUUCGUUUAACAGUUGUAACAUUCUUUUGCUUUCAGGUUCGGGCCUUUACUGACGCAGGUUAUGGCCAAUACAGCGAAAUCGUUUCCGCAUUUUCAGAUGAAAUCAAUCCAAUUCCAAAAGUUAUGAUUUCGUCACAAGAAUCGAUAAAAAUAAUUGACCUAGGCACGGGUGAUAGUGAGAUAAUACCUAAAAGUACUGGAAUACCCUUAGAUUUUUCUAUAGACAUCGAAGAAAAUAUUGCAUAUUGGGUGAAUGACCUUGAAGAAAUUUUUUCUUCACGAAUAAAUGGCAGUGGACAUUAUAAGCUUACAUCCAUUAAUGGCACAGCAACGAGCAUAUGCGUUGAUUGGGUUAGUCGAUCGGUCUACUGGUCACAGUUAGAGCGGGCAUCUAUAGAGUCACACGUAGUGUACCGUGCCGAUUUGGGCCUGCCCAACACGCGCCCCCGUGUUACUAGAGUGCUUAAGAGACAACAAAAAAUACAUAGCUUGCAAGUUGUACCCUCGAUGAGGUCAUUAUUCUGGUAUGAAGAAAGUAAUCACACAGGAUUUGGGACUCUAUUGACGUCUAAUAUCAAUGGCUCAAAUCUGAGGCCAUUCUUCAAUUACUCUGAUAGUUCAGAGCUAGACUUCAGAGAUGACUGUAACUGCCCUGAAAAUCCUCAAAUAGCAAAAUCAUUUGUUAUCGAUCUGACUAAUGAUAUUGAGAUUUUCUUUAUCGAUCCUUGGUUGUAUAGAAUUGUAGCAACUGAUAUAACGGGUUGUCACUGUAGAGUAGUCGUUGAUGCUACUGAGAAAAAGAAAUAUGGCUUCAUACCGAUGUCCCUAACUGUAGAUAGUAAAUACAUUUACUGGUACAACUCAUCAGAAAGGUCAAUAUUCUAUACAAACAAAUUCAAAAAGAAUAAAAUAGACCAAGUGAAGUCCACUUUCGGUUAUAAAAUAAUGGCGUUGGAUGUUUCUAAUCAACCGUACCCGCCGAGACCCUGCCUAUUCCCGAAUGCCGAAAAACUUAUACCGCGAGUACUAUCAAAUUCAGCGAACAGCAUCAAGAUGCAGAUGCCAAUAAUAAUAAAGCCGAAUAACUGUAGCAAAUUAGAAUACGAGAUGACGUUAACAGAAUACACAGUAUUAUACCGCUUACAUAGCAACGACUCAACGCCUUGUGACAGAGAUUCCUGUUUUCAUUUAACAACAACGAAUACUGAAAUAAUAUUGAAUGAUCUUAAACCAUUCACGAAUUAUACCGUAAGGAUUGAAGCCACCAACUACUACGCAAAAUUGCAUGAGAUGAAGCCUAUCAUCGGUCCAAUGUGCUUAUUGCAGACGGCAGCUGAAGCCCCAACAGCGCCAAAAAACGUAACGGGUACAGUUUUAAGCCCAGUGUUAGCCCGAGUUGAGUGGACUCCUGAGCCUGGCUUAUGGUACGAACUUCAUUGGCGAACUGACGAUUCACCAUCUUUACCGCAUCGUAAAGAGCACAACACAUUCGAAGUGUCAGAAGGCGGUAGUGCAAUAAUGACGCCUCUAUCCCCUAGCACGCUAUAUACAGUUUGGGUGCGCGCACGUUCUCGUCACUCCGCCGUAUCUGCUGACUCUUUGCCAUUGCGUUUGCGAACGUUUCCGCCCCCAGCGCCCAUAUCCCUUAAGAACGCUACAGCGUAUACCUUAACAGUUAUAUGGCCAGCACCAACCAGUUAUACGUUGAACCAAUACCUUGUUGAGUACAGCGAAACGGGCGGUACAACUGAUCUUUGGUUGCCUUGUAUACAAAGUGGAAACGCGGAAUGGGCUGCCACAGAUUUGCGUCCGAAAACAAAAUACCGAUUCCGAUUGCGUUUGCAAUACGUCAAUAAUACGCUCCCCUACUUCUGGCCACGAGACUACAACUUUGUAUUUGAAACUUUCGGUGACGUUCCUGGCCCUCCCGGCGUCCUACGUGUAGAAGCCGUGGGAGAAAAGAUGGUUCGAGCCUGGUGGGCAGAACCGGACCCACGCGGGGAUCCUGUGACACACUACCGAAUUUGGGGCACUCCUAGAAACAGGAUUGAGCAUAUGGAUGAUAAUUCGUUGAGCAACGUGAGUGAACUUUUACGGGCAGAUCUACCAACCGACAUUGAUGAUGAACUGAAGACGCGAAUUAUACGUGAAGGAUUGGAACUAUUACACAAUGGAACUGAAAGCUACUGGUUAAUCGGAUCGGGUGAGAUAGGUGCAGGGUAUAUCGCCCGUGUACAGGCCCGUAACUCGUAUGGGUGGGGUGAGCUGUCCCCAGCAGGGGAAUUGCAUGCAGCGCCCCUUAUUCACCCAGCAAGACCUCACCCGGCUGCGUUAGCUAUGGCAAUAUUCACGCUUGCAGUUAUUGUCCUAGCUGUUGCGUUGGCCUUGUUUUACAGUUAUAAUAAAAGAAAUAAGAAAAAAGCGGCUCUAGAAAAUCAAGUUACAUCCCCGGUGAUACGGAGGGGUCCAGACGUAGAACUGGCUACUUUGCGUCAAUUGCCUAUUAGACAUUCUACUAAUGUUCUUUACAACCAGGGUGUAUAUUGUCCGUCGGACGCAGAACUAGCCGCGUUACCUCACAUACGACGGGAGCAGAUCACGUUAACUAAGUUUCUUGGCUCAGGAGCGUUUGGUGAAGUGUUUGAGGGACACGCAAGACAAAUCGACAGUAAUACUCCCAAUACUAAAGUUGCUGUUAAGACACUACGAAAAGGUGCCACUGAGCAGGAAAAGACUGAAUUCCUAAAAGAAGCUGCUUUAAUGUCUAACUUCAAACACGAACACAUAUUACGAUUACUAGGAGUUUGCCUCGAUAACGACCCGAAUUACAUUAUUAUGGAACUUAUGGAGGGAGGAGAUCUACUAAGCUAUCUUAGAGCGAAACGAUCCUCUUUGGGUACUCCAGAAUCCCUAACACUACUGGAUCUUCUCAACAUGUGCGUCGAUGUCACAAAAGGCUGUCGGUAUUUAGAAGAGAUGCAUUUUGUCCAUCGUGACUUGGCCUGUCGCAAUUGCCUGGUCGCGGUGCGUGACGGUAGACGAAUUGUCAAAAUAGGAGACUUUGGCCUAGCCAGGGAUAUUUAUAAGAACGACUACUAUCGGAAAGAAGGAGAAGGUUUGCUACCGGUUCGCUGGAUGGCAGUGGAAUGUUUAGUCGACGGCGUGUUCUCGUGUCAGUCUGAUGUGUGGGCUUGGGGCGUACUUUGUUGGGAGGUACUAUCUCUAGGCCAGCAGCCGUACCCGGGUCGUACCAACCGUCAAGUGCUGGGUUACGUGAGGGCUGGUGGAACGCCAGACCGACCGCCUAAUUGUCCCCAUGCACUACGCGCAUGUGCAUGUUUAGAUGCUGUCGACAACCGCACCUACCUGCUGGACGAGAAUGACAACGCCUUGGAUGAAGAUUUACCCGAGCAGCAAAUGGAGCCAUCUCAUCUGUUGCCCCAACGGACUCCUAAAUACUUAGAGCUUAUGUAUGACAGUGAUUCACCGCCGGGCACUAUUUGUGACGGCUACGAAAUACCACGAUCUCCCCUUAGUUACGCACCUUUCUCUCGACAUAGCAUAGUCGGGGUCGCACCAAAUCGACUCAUAAAACCUCCCUUAUAUAGAACACAUUCCCUUAGAACUAAUAUGAGGCCACCAAACGCAACAAUAAUUCCACUAAGAAAUGGUAUUGUUAAGCGGGCUUCGCUCUGUGAAGGCGUUCAAAGCACAUUCCUAAGAGAACCGAGCUCGUCUCGAUCUCGCCAAGACUUCAAACAAAUAAAGACUCCACUCUAG